AUGGCCUCCGCCUCCCCCUCACCGCACAAGCCGCGCCGCAAGACCAAGAAGACAAUAACCCACUUCGCGAACAACCUCAGACCCGAACCUCUCGUCCGGUCGCCCGCCUUCCCUCUAGCAGCUUUCCUGUGGCCCGCCCGCAGCUCGCUGUCACAAUGGGAGGUUCUGCCGCUGAUACUCAUGGUCGUCGGCCUCUUCAGAUGGGCUGCUGGUCUCUGGGGCUAUUCCGGUUUGCAUAAGCCUCCCAUCUUUGGCGACUAUGAAGCACAACGACACUGGAUGGAGAUCACCACGCAACUGCCCAUAUCGCAAUGGUACUUCCACGACCUCCAGUGGUGGGGCCUCGACUAUCCUCCCUUGACUGCGUAUCACAGCUGGCUCCUGGGCAAAAUCGGAUCCUACAUCGACCCUACGUGGUUCGCUCUCUACACCUCCCGAGGCUUCGACGACCCUAUUCUCAAGGUCUUCAUGAGGGCAACCGUCAUAGUCUCCGAGUACUUGAUCUACAUCCCCGCCAUGGUGGUCUUCGUCAGGAGGUUCAGCAGGCUCUUUGGGGUUGCCCAGUGGACUGCAUCGGUUGCUCUUGUCGCAAUUCUUAUGCAACCUGCCACCAUCCUCAUCGAUCAUGUCCACUUCCAGUACAACACGGUCAUGCUAGGCUUCGUCGUGGCAAGCAUGUCUAGCCUGGUCGCAGCUCGAUACAUGUGGGCAUCCAUCUUCUUUGUUGCUGCCCUCGGGUUCAAGCAGAUGGCUCUCUACUACGCCCCUGCGGUCUUUGCCUUCCUGCUAGGAAGCUGUACAUUUCCCCGAUUCAACACCGGCCGGUUCUUUGGAAUCGCUGCUGUCACUCUCGCAUCGUUUGCCGUCCUCAUCCUACCACUUGUCGUGGGUGCAUUGUUCGAUGCCAGCAGAGGGAUUGAUUCACGCCCUGAUCUCGAUGGUCCGCGCGCUCCUCUCCCGAUUUUCGCAUUUCUCGGCACGUAUCUAGACACAGAGGCUUUCUACUACCCAGUAGUCGAGCAAAUGGUCCAGUUGAUCCACCGAGUUUUCCCGUUCGCAAGAGGGUUGUUCGAGGACAAGGUUGCCAACUUCUGGUGUGCGGCGAAUGUUGUCAUCAAACUCCGACACUACCCGACUGAACUCCUUCAACGGAUAUCCCUCCUGGCAACACUUGGUUCAAUAGCACCUCCCUGUGCGAUUGUCUUUUUCAAGCCGAACAAGGGGCUUCUGCCAUAUGCAUUCGGCGCUACUGCCUGGGGCUUCUUCCUUUUCAGCUAUCAGGUACAUGAGAAAAGCGUCCUUCUCCCGCUUCUACCCAUGACCGUUCUCCUUGCCGGGAAGCAAGGACUCGGAAAGGACAUGAGAUCGUGGGUGGGUUUUGCCAACAUUCUGGGAGUGUGGACAAUGUUUCCUCUGCUUCAAAGAGUCGGCCUGCGUGUACCUUAUGCCGUAUUGACGCUUCUCUGGGCCUACCUACUGGGGCUACCACCGACAUCGACGAGCGCAUACUUCCAGGAAGGGCAGAGCAAGUCGGUCCAGUGGGCAACAGCUCUUCUUCACGGAGCCUUUUAUCUCGCCAUGGCGGUCUGGCACGUGGUAGAACGUUUCGUCGACCCGCCUUUCGACAAGCCAGAUCUCUGGGUUGUCGCCAACGUCGGUAUUGGGUUUGCUGGGUUUGCCCUUUGCUAUUUAUGGUGUCUGUGGAAAUUGGUCGAGGAGAGCGGAAUCGCGUCCCAAAUGCUUCGAGGGUCCGGUAAGACCAAAGUUAAGACUAGAUGA